GCAGGGGAUGGUGAAUGAGAACAGUGAGGAAAGUCUUCAGCAGGAAGGUCCUGAGCAAGUGGUACCAUGUGGGAUGUUAUUGGGAAGAUCUGAGGGGCAUAUUUCCCAGAGUCCUGAGCAGCGAGAAACCUGUAAGAGUCAGCGCAAGCCAGAAAGGCAGCAGGGAAACCAUCCAGGGGAGGGACGGGGUAAAGCCUCUCACAGGAGCAGAGGGAUGAAAAGAAACAAAGAAACUGAUCAACAGAAAAUCCCCCAUCAAGAGGGACAUUCCACUUGCAGUGACUGCGGGAAAAGCUUCCAUCAGCACUCAAGUCUUAUUGAACAUCAGAGAACCCACACAGGAGAGAUGCUCUUCAACUGCUCUGACUGUGGGAAAAGCUUCAGUCGGAGCUCAUACCUUAUUAAACAUCAGAGACGACAUACAAGAGAGAAACCCUAUAUCUGCCCUGACUGUGGGAAAAGCUUCAGUCAGAGCUCAGACCUUGUUAGACAUAGGAGAAUCCACACAGGAGAGAAACCCUAUAACUGCCCUGACUGCAGGAAAAGCUUCAGUCAGAUCUCAGACCUUGGUAGACAUAGGAGAAUCCACACAGGUGAGAACCCCUUCAACUGCUCUGACUGUGGGAAAAGCUUCAGUCGGCGCUCAAAUCUUAACAGUCAUCGUACAAUCCACACAGGAAAGAAACCGUAUAACUGCUCUGACUGCAGGAAAAGGUUCACUCGGCACUCAUACCUUGUUAAACAUCAGAUAAUACAUACAAGAGAGACACCCUAUAACUGCUCUGACUGCGGGAAAAGGUUCAGUCGAAACUCAUACCUUAUUAAACAUCAGAUACUACAUACAAGAGAGACACCCUAUAACCUAAGUUCCCUCUAAGCUGCAGGGCUGCGCAGCAGGCUAUCAAGGGCUGCCCAGGUGGGGAGAGGCCCCUCUCCCCCGGCCCCAACCCCAGGAGCUAUCGUGGAUGGUUGAGAGGUGCCUCUCCCUCCACCCCAGAGCGAUCGCGGAUGGGGAGAGACGGAGAGGCACUCUCCCCUGGACCCAGGCUGGUGCGGCAAGAGAGGGCUGGGGGAGUCCUUUUUCCUUGGGGCAGCCUGCAUGCCAAACCCCUCAUCUCUGGCCCCACACCAAAGCCUGCACCCCAGCCAGAGCCCUCACCCCCUACACCCCAACCCUCUGCCCUAGCCUUGAGCCCCCUCCUGCAUCCCAAACCCCUUAUCCACAGCCCCACCCUAAAGCCCGCAUCUCCAGCCAGACCCCUCACUCCCAUGCACCACAACUCUCUGCCGUAGCCCUGAGCCCCACCCCACACACACACACACACUCUCUGAACCGCUCGGACCCCACCCCCACCACACAUCACCUCCAUAUUGGUGCAUAUAACAAAAUUCAUUCCCCACAUGGAUGUAAAAUAUUAGAAGGAACAUUGCCAAUAGCUGCUCUGACUGCGGAACAAAGUUUAAUCAGAGUUGAUACCUUAUUGAACAUCAGAGAUCGCACACAGGCGAGAAGCCCUUUAACUGCCUUGACUGUGGGAAAAGGUUCAGUCAGCGCUCAAAUCUUAACAGAUAUCAUAUAAUCCAACCAGGAGAAAAACCCUUCAACUGCUCUGACUGCGAGAGAAGCUUCAGUGAAUGCUCACACCUCAAUUCACACCAGAGACUUCACGUAGGACAGAAAUCCUAUAACUGCUCUGACAGCAGGAAAAGGUUCAGUUGGAGCUCAUACUUUAUAAAACAUCAGAUACUACAUACAAGAGCGAGAUUCUAUAACUGCCCUGACUGCAGGAAAAGCUUCAGUCAGAGCUCAGACCUUGUUAGACAUAGGAGAAUCCACACAAGAGAGAAACACUUCUACUGCUCUGACUGUGGUUGUCAAUGUGAUGUCCCAACUUGGCUCUGGGCACUGAGCCAGGACAAUGGUUUAUUUGUGACUUUCUUGCUUUGAACCAGGAAGAAUUGGUAGUUCAUGUACCCCAACUUUUGUAUGCAUUAUUCUAACCAUUUUCAGCUAGAGAUGUCUGAAUUUCAAGCUAUAGUAAUCAUAUGACUGUGAAUUUCAUUUAAGAAUCAGGCUUAGCCUAAGAAUAUUAAUGAUUUUGCUAGAUUUUGUUAAGUUGACACUGAUUUAAAUUCCAUUGUCCCAUCCACUCUA